UCCUCGUUCUGAAUAUUUUGCAGCAAUGUUGACACCUGUGUGGCUCGUGCUGAGCGCUUUAACCACUGUUUUAUCAGCAGAGAAGUUGCGGUUCGCCUCAUAUUAUGGGAGUCACAUGGUCCUGCAGAAAGCCCCAGCUCGAGCAGUCGUGUGGGGAUAUGGAGAGGCAGGAGCCGAAAUUGUGCUGUCAUUGUCUGGAUCACACAAUGUUUUUGCAAACUCCGCGCAUGUUGUCAACGGUAUUUGGCGUAUAACUCUCAGUCCCGUGGAGGCUGGUGGUCCUUACAACCUGAUUAUAUCCCAGACCACCACUAACAGUUCCAUCAUCCUCACAGAUGUGCUCUUUGGAGAUAUCUGGUUAUGUGGUGGACAGAGUAACAUGGCAUUCACAGUUGGUCAAGUAUAUAAUGCAACAGAGGAACUGGCCAUGGCCUCCAAGUUCCCUAAUGUGAGGAUCUUUCAGGCUGCCUUGGAGCAGAGCAGUGUGGAGCUGGAUGACCUAGCAGGAGUUGAAGUUCCCUGGUCCCGACCAACAGCAAAAUUGCUUGGUGCAGAGCAUUUCACCCAUUACUCUGCUGUGUGCUGGCUCUUUGGCCGCUACCUCUACCAGACGCUGAAUUAUCCUAUAGGGUUAGUAGAGUCGUGUUGGGGAGGCACACCUGUGGAGGCCUGGUCAGCCCCAAGGGCACUUGACAAGUGUGGAUUGAAGGGCUCCGUGAGCAGUGUUUUCCAUAGUAAUCCAACUGUGCAGAGUAACUUUUGGAAUAAAGUUGCAUACUCAGCAGAAUGGAACAGUUCUUUAUUGUGGAAUGCUAUGAUCCAUCCACUACUUAACAUGACCAUAAAAGGAGCCCUAUGGUACCAAGGUGAGGCUAAUUCAGGCUACAACAGAGAUAAAUACAACUGCUCUUUCCCUGCCAUGAUUGAUGACUGGAGGAUGGCUUUCCAUCAAGGCUCAGAGGGUCAAACAGCAAUAGACUUCCCAUUUGGAUUUGUACAGCUAAGCACAUGGGAGAAAAAGAAUUUGCAAGAUGGAUUCAGAGAAAUACGCUGGCAUCAGACAGCCGACUACGGAUUUGCUCCUAAUAAACGCAUGAAGAACACUUUUAUGGCUGUUGCUAUUGACUUGCCUGAUGAAAAAUCCCCCUGGGGCAGCAUCCACCCACGGUUUAAACAGGACGUGGCGCACAGACUUGUGCUAGGGGCGAGAGCUGUCGCCUAUGGUGAAAAGAAUGUGUCUUUCCAGGGACCUUAUCCGCUUUCAAUCCAUUUUGACCAGUCUUCUCUUAACAUCACUUUCAACCAGAAACUUUCUGCCACCCAUUCUGAUAAUGCUUUUGAGAUCUGCUGCCCUGUGAAUCAGACGUGUUUAGAAGACUCUCAAUGGAUUCCAGUCCCCAUGGAAAAACUGGGCUCUCAUUAUAUUCUGCUGUCUAUAAAACAGUGUCCCACCAAGCCGGCUGCUCUGCGUUAUCUCUGGAGAGACUGGCCUUGUGAUUUUAAAGCUUGCCCCAUUUACAGCUCUGACAGGAUUUUACCCACACCACCAUUUCUCAUAAACUAAUCAUUUUAAACGCAACAAUUUUGGGGUUUAUAAUGUGAAUUUGAAUAUAUUUCUAUCAUAAACAUUUGUCUACAAAUUUGCACUUUGUACUACUGGGAAUCUUACUUUGUUUACAUUAUUUCAAGUGAGACAAGACAUUGCACAUAAAGAACACUUUCGGUUAUGAUUAUGUUUUGUAAAUUGUUUGUUGUAUUGUAUAUUUGGUUGUGAGAUUGGUUGUUGUAUGCAAAUGCAUUUUGUUUUAUUUGAUGGCUUUGAGUGUUAUACAGUCAGUUUCAGCGGCAACAAAAAACUUUAUGUGGCCCAAACUUAACCUCUGGUAGACCUCCUCAAAGAAUCAAUAACUGUUGAGUUUUAAUUUAAUAGAAUUAAUAUACAAUUAAAUAUUAUAUUAAUUAAAUAUCAAAUAAAUUCUUAUAACCAAACACAGACCGGAAGUUAACUUUGUGCCAGGCGUGUGUGUCCGAUGAAAACGUAACCGUCUAUAGAAAAUGAUUAGAAUCUGUUUGUGUCCAUAGGCCAAUCAACAGUACGUCUCAUUUUGGGUCCAAUUGAAACUUAACUGAGAAUGUGCUUACUGAUAUAAGAGUUUAAUGAAAUAAGUUUAAGAAUAAGACAUUUUGUGAAGAGUAAUGUGGUUAUUGUGCUCAAAAACUCCACAAAUGGCCUGUGAUGAACAUGUAUCUUUACCCAAGCAUGCAUGUGUCUUAAUUUUUAUUUUCGUGUGAUUUCUCACUUAUUGAAAUAAACAAUCAUCAGUUUUCAA